CUCGCCCUAUCCGACGACUCCUUCCCGCAAAAGCAAGGGAGCAAGCAACAAACAAACCGCCCGUUCCCUUCUUCCUCUUCUUCCUCUGAAAAAAGGCGAGGAGACAGAAGCAGCCAAGUGAUCCGUUUCGUUCAUCCAUCCAUUCCCCUCGCGCCACUGAAAUUCCCCGCCCAAUCUGACGUCGCCAUAUCCUCUUCGCGCCAUUAAUCUAUCAUUGCGUCCACGCCUGCUCCACGCCUCGCCCGCCCAUCCCCCCAUUACUUCCACGCAAGGGCUUUCUUUUUUGCAAUACCUCCAGUCUGAUUGAUUGGUUCGGCCAAGACUGUCGGAAGCUUGUGCUUAGUUACUACUCUUCCUUUUCAUUUUUUUCCCCAUUUCCAUUUUUGAGGGUUUAUUUAUUCCACCCCCCACGCUUGCAUCUUUCUUAUGCGUUCUGAGUCGAGGCUCUUGCGAUUUCUUGAUCCGCCAUCCUGCGCUGCUCAAUUCCGAUUCUUUUUGUUCGGAUUUGAGUAGCUGCGGGGCUUCGGCGAUCACUUGAUUGGUUUCCCCGAUUCCUUUUCCUUGUUUAUCCCCCACUUGUGCGAAUUGGGGAUUCUCAACCGUUUGGUCUCUGGGAUAUUAUUGAUCUGGAGUCGAAGGAACCCCGAUUUUUUGGGGGGCUCCGGAGAGCUUAGCUCGAGAUAAAACCAGUUCGGGGUUCUGGUUUCCUGCUUGCCGAGCUCAUCGAGAUCACUAGCUCCACCUGCCAAUGGACGAAUCCGGGGAAGCAAGCGUCGGCGCCUUCAGGAUCGGGCCGUCGACGCUGCUCGGCCGCGGGGUCGCGCUCCGCGUGCUCCUCUUCAGCUCGCUGUGGCGCCUGCGGGCGCGCGCGUACGCCGCCAUCUCGCGCGUGCGCACCACGACGGUGCCGGCAGUGGCGUCCUGGCUGCACCUCAGGAACACCCACGGCGUCCUCCUGAUGGUCGUCCUCUUCGCGCUCUUCCUGAGGAAGCUCUCCGGCGCGCGGUCGCGGGCGGCGCUGGCGCGCCGGCGUAGCCUGUGCGAGAAGGCCAUGCGUCAUGCCGGCACGUACGAGGAGUGGGUGCGCGCCGCCAAGGUGCUCGACAAGAUGUCUGAGCAGGUACAUGAGGCGGAUUUCUACGACGAGGAGCUCAUCAGGAGUAGGCUUGAGGAGCUCCGCAGGCGGAGGGAGGAUAGGUCGCUCCGGGAUGUGGUGUUCUGUAUGCGUGGUGAUCUCGUGAGGAACUUGGGGAACAUGUGCAAUCCUGAGCUUCACAAAGGCAGGCUUGAGGUUCCUAAGCUUAUAAAGGAAUACAUUGAUGAGGUUUCUACUCAAUUGAAAAUGGUGUGUGAAUCUGACGCUGACGAGUUGCUGUUGGAAGAGAAGCUUGCCUUUGUUCAGGAGACCAGGCAUUCCUUUGGGAGGACAGCACUACUCUUAAGUGGGGGUGCCUCACUGGGGUCUUUCCAUGUAGGUGUAGUGAAAACAUUGGUUGAGCAUAAGCUUUUGCCUCGGAUUAUAGCAGGAUCAAGCGUUGGCUCCAUUAUAUGUUCAAUCGUUGCUACCCGAACUUGGCCUGAGAUUGAGAGCUACUUCAUAGAUUCAUUACAGACCUUGCAGUUCUUUGAUAGGAUAGGUGGAAUUUUUGCAGUGAUGAAGCGUGUCACCACUUAUGGUGCACUACAUGACAUUAGUCAGAUGCAAAGGCUUCUGAGGGAUCUCACAAGUAACUUAACAUUUCAAGAGGCUUAUGACAUGACUGGCCGUGUCCUUGGGAUCACUGUUUGCUCUCCUAGAAAAAAUGAGCCACCCCGCUGCCUCAACUAUCUGACAGCACCUCAUGUUGUUAUCUGGAGUGCUGUAACCGCCUCUUGUGCAUUUCCCGGGCUCUUCGAAGCUCAGGAACUGAUGGCAAAGGAUAGAUUCGGCAACAUAGUUCCCUUCCAUGCACCCUUUUCCACAGAUCCUGAACAAGGUCCUGGGGCCUCAAAGCGCCGGUGGAGAGAUGGGAGCUUGGAGAUGGAUUUGCCCAUGAUGAGACUCAAGGAAUUGUUUAAUGUAAAUCAUUUCAUCGUGAGCCAAACUAACCCUCACAUUUCCCCACUCCUCCGAAUGAAAGAGCUUGUCAGAGCCUAUGGAGGCCGCUUUGCUGGAAAGCUUGCUCGUCUUGCUGAGAUGGAAGUUAAGUAUCGAUGCAACCAAAUUCUAGAGCUUGGUCUUCCAAUGGGAGGACUUGCAAAGUUGUUUGCUCAGGACUGGGAGGGUGAUGUCACCAUGGUUAUGCCAGCAACAGUAGCUCAGUAUUUGAAGAUUAUACAGAAUCCAACAUAUGCGGAACUUCAGAUGGCUGCCAACCAAGGCCGCAGGUGCACAUGGGAGAAGCUCUCUGCAAUCAGAGCAAACUGUGCCAUUGAACUUGCAUUGGAUGAAUCGAUAGCAGUUUUAAACCACAAACGGAGGCUAAAAAGAAGCAUUGAAAGGACAGCGGCUUCCCAGGGACAUUCUAACUAUGUUCGACUCAAAACACCAAGGAGGGUACCAUCAUGGAACCGCAUCAGUCGAGAGAAUUCUUCAGAAUCUCUCUCUGAAGAAAUUUCUGCAGUUGCUACUUCAUCCACGCAACAGGGUACUGUUCUUGUUGUUGGCACACCCCCUUCAGAAUCUCUCUCUGAAGAAAUUUCUGCAGUUGCUACUUCAUCCACGCAACAGGGUACUGUUCUUGUUGUUGGCACACCAAAUACUUCUCACCACGUUCGGCGCAAUUCUCAUGACGGAAGUGAGAGUGAAUCAGAAACCAUUGACCUUAAUUGCUGGACCAGAAGUGGUGGGCCUCUGAUGAGGACAGCAUCUGCUGACAAGUUCAUCAGUUUUAUCCAAAAUCUUGAGACUGACACUGAUUUCAUUAAGCCCUGUACUCUAGAGGGUGAGACUACAGGCAUUUUGUCGGAAUCUACCUUUCCAAACGACCCAUGCCCAAACAAUAGUUCUAGAGUUACUACACCAGGCACAGAAAUUUCUGAGACCGAGUCAUACAACACUGUCAACACCAGAGGUAGUCAAGCUUCUACUCCCACAAGCAUCGCUGUUUCUGAAGGAGAUUUGCUGCAACCUGAAAGCACUGCUAACGGUAUUCUACUUAACAUCGUGAAAAGAGAUGCUCUGCAUGCUCAACAUGACAGUGUAGCUGAAUUAGCCGAAAGGUCCUUGGCUGAAGCAUAUGUUGAACCUUGUGGCGCCAUCUCAGGGUCUGACUCUACUGAAGAUAGCAAGGAUGCAGCUGACUCAAGCAAUCCCUCACCUGAUAAUGCUGAUUCUGUAACUUCACAUCAAUUUUCAGCUGAUGAUUAGAUUCUUGAUUUUGAAAGGUCAUGAUAUAGUUCACUACAGAAACGCUGUACAGGAAAAUUGCUCUAGCUCAAUUAAAAGAGCACGGGUAGCAUAUAUGUUAUGUCAAUGUUAGUAUUGGCAUCUAUAUUGUGUGUUGCAAGUAUGAUGAUGUACUAACACGAUGUGCCCAAGUAUUGGAAGAGCAGUUCUUAUAUUUCAUUAA